AUUCGGAAUAAAGGAUACGCCAGAAUUGUGCAGUCGAGACGACAACUUCUGUGUCCGUUUCAAAUAUAUUACUACUGGACGACUAGAAUUAAGUCUGAGGCCGGUAACAUCAACAGUGAGGACAAACCCAGCCUGUCUCUCUCAUUCCACACUGAGUCCAAACCUACAGUCACUGGGUCCUGAUUGUGACAGUGGAGCCCAGUUUGCACUGCAGGAUCCAGAGAUGGCAUCAGUGAAGCUGGAAGACUGCAGUCAAACACUGGAGCUGAAUGUCAACAUUAAAGAUGAAGAAGAGGAGGAGGAGAUUGGGAAAUCUGUUUCUCAUGGAGACCAUGUUGAGACAUUCUCUACAUCCAGAGAGCAACAGAGGGAACAUCACAGAGCUAAAGGGUCUCACAGCUGCCCACAUUGUGAGGAGAUUUUCCCAAUUCUAUCAAAGCUAAAAAUACACCAAAAAAUACACACAGGACAGAAUCCGUAUUCCUGUACUGACUGUGGGAAGAGAUUCACAACAUCAGGGAAUCUGACGGUUCAUCAGAGAGUGCACACUGGAGAGAAGCCUUACUCCUGCUCUGACUGUGGGGCAAGUUUCUCUCGACUGGGCCACUUAAAAACACAUGAACAUAUACAUACAGGAGUGAAGCCUUACUCCUGCUCUGAUUGUGUAAAAUGCUUCACAACAUCAGCUGAGCUAAAAGUUCACCAGAGAACACACACAGGAGAGAAGCCUUUCUUCUGCUCUGACUGUGAAAAGAGUUUCUCUCAACUUUCCCACUUAAAAACACAUGAACGUAUACAUACAGGAUUGAAGCCUUACUCCUGCUCUGACUGUGUAAAAUGCUUCACAACAUCAGCUGAGCUAAAAGUUCAUCAGAGAACACACACAGGAGAGAAGCCUUUCUUCUGCUCUGACUGUGGAAAGAGUUACUCUGUACUGUGCAACUUAAAAACACAUGAACGUCUACAUACAGGAGUGAAGCCUUACUCCUGCUCUGACUGUGGAAAGACUUUCUCUCGACUAAACAUCUUAAAAACACAUGAAAGUAUACAUACAGGAGUGAAGCCUUACUCCUGCUCUGACUGUGUAAAAUGCUUCACAACAACAGCUGAGCUAAAAGUUCACCUGAGAACACACACCGGAGAGAAACCUUACUCCUGCUCUGACUGUGGAAAGAGUUUCCCUCUACUGAGAACCUUAAAAACACAUGAACAUAUACAUACGGUAGUGAAGCCUUAUUCCUGCUCUAAUUGUGGAAAAGUUUUUCUCAACUGGGCCACUUAA